UUAUAUGUAUAAGUUUCUCAUUAAUAUUCGCAGUUUGUUUAUUAGUUUAUAAACCGUGUAUUUUAAUACAGAGCUACUAUUGGAAGUUCUUGUAUUGGUUAGAAAAGAAUGUUGUUCCUAUUGGUUAAUACUCGUGACUCGUGCAAUACUGACUGGCCGAUUAUUUCCAUUACCGCGGUGGCAGUAUUUUAUCUGUAAGCAGGGGUAUUAGUAAGAAUUUUCUUCCUUGUCAGUGUUUCUUCAUGAAAGUGUCAAUUUGAGUGUUCUCGAGUGUAGAAAACUUCCGUCGUUGAACUAAUGUAAUGGCAGACAUAUAUUGGGAAUGUGUUUCGUUCAAUUCGUUGAUGAUAUUUUACGUAUAGGAGAUUUAGUUUAAUCGCACAUUAGAAAAGGAAAUUGUAAGAAAUGUCAAGUGACGCAAUAAUCGCAUUACCUGGGGAGGUAAUUUUGUACAUCUUGGAAGAUAAACGACUUAGCUUUUCAGAUGUCGUUCAUUUCAGUUCGACCUGCAGGAGUUUGUAUAAAAUUGUCAAUGAAAAUAAUAAACUUUGGAAGACAAAAUUUUUUCAAAGGUAUAUCACUAUUUUUCAAAGAUGGCCACAUUUGAGAGAAAUAUAUCAAACAAAUAAUGAGUUGGAUCAUCGAAUGAUAAAUUGGAAAGAGGAAGUAAAGAGUAGCUUGAGUAGUAGAAUAAAAUUGCUUUCUCAUUUAUCUUCUAUGUCCAGUAAACAUUAUAGAAUGCAAGAAUUAUCUAAUUCAGAAUUUAAAGAGUUUGAUCCUUUAUUUUGUCCAAAAGAAGGUGCUCAUCCUUUAGCUUAUUAUUUUUUGGUGGAUGAACUUAUUAGCUUAAUCAAACAUCCUGCUAUAGUCAGCAAUUUAACACAUAGGUAUUAUGCUCUUAAAAUUGUUCGGUAUUUGAAACAAACCCAUUUGAAGGAUGAAUGGAAAAAAUUUCUAUCUUUACCACCAAAACAGCAGACCUUAGAACGUGGUGCAACUAUUGUGGCACAAUGGAGUCAACCAGAAAGACAUGUGUCAUAUUUUGCAAUAUCAUCAGCAUUAGAUAAUAUUGCAGAACAAACUAAAGAGCUGCUCAGAGAACGAUAUCCAAAUCAUACUAUAUUUUCAAUUCCAACUGAAAGAUUUAAUUUUUGGAAAAAUAAUAUUAUUGGUGACAACCAGUGGAAUAUUACAGAAACGAGACAACUAACAGAUGCAUUAUGCGAAGUAUUAUUUAAAAGGUUAGGAUUCUAUGGAAACAGUGAAAUGUAUUAUUCAUCGGAAAAUUCAUUCAUAGAUUGUGUUUUGGAACGUAAACGGGGAAUUCCUAUAACUUUAGCAAUAGUAUUUGAAAGUGUUGCUCGAAGACUUGGCAUACACUGUGAACCUGUUAGUUUCCCAUCUCAUUUUUUGCUACGUUGGAAAGAAACAUAUGGACCACAAUUUAAGGAUACGGAAAAUUUUUAUAUUGAUGUUUUCAAUGGUGGUCAAUUUCUAACUAAGAGGAAUUGUCCUCGAAUUGGUGGUGUUUCAAGAUGUCCAAUAGAAAAAUAUAAUAUUCAUGAGGCAGCAACUGCUAUAGAGGUAGUAACAAGAAUGGCAAAUAAUUUGGAAAUAGCUGCUAGGCAACAUACUCAUUUAAAUGGUAGAACUGCAAGGUUACGUUCUGCUCUUGAACUCCAAUAUAUGAUACAACCCAAUGACGCAAAUACGAUUUUACAACUAGGUCGAAUAUAUAUCUCACAAUUCAUGGACUUAAGUGAAUUAGUGAAGAGACUAGAAAACAUACCAGAGGAUUUAGAGUUAAUAUCAAGAGGACAGGCAAAUCUAAUAUUACAGACGUUUAAUGUCCAUAUUUUCCAAUCAUAUCAGAAGAAGUUAGAAUCUAGAGAAGAAGUAAGGCCAAAAAGAAGAGUUCCAAGCAUAAAAUAUGCAAUAGGGUUGAUAAUGAAACAUAAAAUACAUGGAUACAUGUGUGUAAUAACAGGAUGGGAUACCUAUUGUACAGCGACUACAGAAUGGAUGAAUGAAAUGAACAUAGGUGGAUUAAUGGAUGGUCCAGAUCAACCAUUUUAUAAUGUAUUUGUUGAUGAUGGGUCAUGCCAUUAUGUAGCACAAGAAAAUUUAGAGUUGGCUUCUAAUCCAGUAUGGAUACAUCAUCAUGCGAUUGGCAGAUACUUUUAUAAAUUCAGUGGUGCUCAUUAUAUACCAAAUGAAGAGAAAGCAAGAGAAUAUCCAGAAGAUGAAAAAAUUUGCAAUGAAUUACUUGUUACAUACAUGCAAAAUGGGAUAACAUACAGUACCACUUAACAAUCUAUUUUCCUUAGCUCUAUUACAAGAUAAUAGUAAGAUGAAACAAAUAUCUUUUUCUUAUUGCAUAUUCCACGCAUAAUGCUAAAAAAGGUAAUAUUUUCAUAAAAAAAUUUUAACAAAAGAACAAUCAUUUUUUGUUUGCUGUAUGGUUCAUUAUUGAGUUUCUUUACUUUAAAUAACUUUUGACUUGUCUAAAUAAUUUUGGAUAAGUUUCGUAAAUAGACGAAAAUAAAGAACAAUACAUAUAAAAGGUUUUGUAAAGCAUAACAUUUGUAUACACUAUCGUAUAUCUUAAUCACUGUUUUAUGUAUGCUAUUAACAGCUUAGAUAACGUUUAUUAUAAACGUAAUAAUAUAUAAGCAUCUUGAAAACAUUGAGCUACUUCUAACUCUUAACCCCAUUCAUAUGUGAUAUAGAUGUGUACGAAUGUAUUUGUUAUAUGUGAUAAGAGUAAGAAGUGGUUUGUGUUUUAAUGACACUUUAUUAUGUAAAUGUAAUAAACGCCAAAGCUUGAAUUACAAACAGUAAUUAACUUAUACUUUUUAUAAAGUACAUAAGUCUCUAACGUGUCGACACAAUAAGACUCCUUUUUUAUGUACUUAUAGUAAGAUUUAAGUACAUAAUAGGUAGAAUAAUAACGGAUAUAUAAUUAUAGUUAUAUUCUUUAUUUUAUUCCACUGUCAUGGGCUGUGCUCGCUUUAUGUAUAAUCACAAGCAAUCACAUAAAAAUAAUAUAAAAUUUGUUCUCAUAAUACUUGUAACACCAUAACCAUUUGCAGAGAUAAACGUAUUGAGUAUUUUGAUACUAUACAAUAUAUUAAUAUUGGAGUCUAAGUUUACUUAGAUUUGGAUAUAUUUUAUAUACAUAGCAUAUUUUUUUUAUAUAUACCUUUUAAACUGAAAAAAAAUGAGUUUUGUAUUACUAAUGUUCGAUUACAGUUUAAAGAAGUUGUUUUAUAGCAAAUACUGAAUCACUCUUAUAUAAUCGUGAAUAUACAUGCAAUAUCUUAUACUUUUUAAUAGUAUUUGGCACCUAUUGUAAAAUAUUGAUUUUAAUAAAGUAUUUCACUUACCACAUCAAAA